UUAAAAGGAUAAACGAGGACAAAACCCUACUCGGUAACCGUAAUCUCUUCCCUACCCAUUAACAACUAGUCCUUUCUCUGUUAUUAAUUUCUCUCCAAUGGAGACUUCAUUUUCAUUUUCAAUGUAAACCCAAAAGCCAAAACCGCGUUUUCAUCAGAAAAAGAGUAUAAAGCAACGCGUCCAACCCUCCAACUUCUCUCUCGUCCUGUCCCCAUAGUAGUGUAGCAGUCUCUCUCAUCUCUCUCUCUCUCUCUCUCUCUCCUAAUCUUCUCCUCCUACUUCCUUUUCUUUUCGCAAAUGUCGAUUUGAAUCCUUUUCCUCACCACUCUCUCUCUUUCCUUCCUUCGAAAUGUCUCUUCCCCAACCCAGAUCGCCUCAAUCUCUCUUUACAGUUCUUUCUCUUCUUCUUUUCUUUCCUGGUUCUUACGCGAUUAGGUUUCUCCCUGUUACGGAUUCGGGGGACAGAGACGAACACAGCUAUAGCAGAGAUGAUGUUGGAGGAUUACUCCAUGGAUUGCCCACCUUCGAUGAAGCACCUGAAUACAGAAAUGGUGUUGAAUGUUCCUUUUUGGUGCCUAAUUCUAUGGAAUCGCCGCAGUGUUACCCAGGCCAUGUUCACAUCGCCAUGACUCUUGAUACAGAGUAUCUCAGGGGUUCCAUGGCUGCGGUUCACUCCGUUCUCAAGCACUCUUCUUGCCCUGAAUACAUCUUCUUCCACUUCGUCGCUGCUGAAUCUGAUUCGGCCAACCAUAUGGUGCUCUCCCAACUUGUUCGAUCAACCUUCCCUUCCCUCAGUUUCAAGGUCUAUCUCUUCAGAGUCGAUGCCGUCAAGAAUCUCAUUUCUGCUUCCAUCAGGCAAGCUCUCGAGAACCCACUCAACUACGCGAGGAACUAUCUGGCUGACAUUCUCGAGCCCUGCGUUCACCGGGUGAUCUAUCUCGACUCCGAUGUCAUUGUCGUAGACGAUAUUAGGAAGCUUUGGGACACCUCGCUUACUGGGUCGCGUGUCAUUGGAGCACCAGAGUACUGUCACGCUAAUUUCACCAAGUAUUUCUCUGAUGGCUUCUGGGCUGAUCUGACCUUGUCGAGGGUUUUCAAGGGCAGGAAGCCCUGCUACUUCAAUACAGGUGUGAUGGUUAUGGAUCUCGACAGAUGGAGACACGGAAAUUUCGGGAAGAGGGUAGAGAGUUGGAUGCAGUUGCAGAAACAGAGAAGGAUUUACGAAUUGGGUUCACUUCCUCCAUUCUUGCUGAUUUUUGCUGGAAAUGUUGAGCCCAUUAACCACCGAUGGAAUCAACAUGGUCUUGGCGGGGAUAAUGUGGUGGGCAGUUGCAGAACUUUACAUCCCGGCGGCGUUAGUUUGCUUCAUUGGAGUGGUAAGGGGAAACCAUGGACGAGACUUGAUGAGAGGAAGCCAUGCCCUCUUGAUUAUCUUUGGGAACCUUACGAUCUCUACAGACCUCAACUGCAACGACAAGAAGUAGAAAUAUUGGUCUCACUACAGAUGUCGAUUACUUUGCUUGCUUCAUUGUAAUCAGAGAAGGUUCGAUUCAUUUUUCUUUGAUUCUUUUUUGACAUUCAAGGAGAUUCUUUCUUUCAUUUGUAUAAAGAAGAGAUUAGAAACAAAACCCUUCAGGAUUUUGAGAUUGGGUAAUUUUUUCUUUGUAUAUUCAUUUUUUUUUUUUUUGAGGUGCAUUUGAUAGUCUUCCCAGUUCCCAUCUCCAUUUGAGAGUUUCUUUUCUCUCUGUUUCUCCAUGAGAGAUGUUACUCUGUUCAGUCCUUUUCAACUCCUGGAUUGGGAAAGGAUUUUAUGCCAAUAUCAGUAUAAUGUUAUGGGUUUGUUUGUAUGAUUACUAUCAAGAUUCAUUCUCUCUGAA